AUGGAAAUACAAUCACCUCCUUCAAGUUUACCUACCCAAACCAAUUUAGAUAUGAAAUUGAUUUUUGAAACUUUACAAAACGGAGUACAAAAACGUAUUAAGAAAAAACAAAUUGAAAUCUUAAAAAAAAUUGAAAUUAAAUCAAAUUUAAAUCAAAACAAAUUAAGAUUACUUCAAGAAAAUCAAAAUAAAGAAAUUCAUUCAAUUUUCCAAAACUUCUCACUACAACAAAAAUCAAAUCAAGAUCAAAAAUCUCAACUAAAAUAUCAAUUAAUCAAAAGAAAAUUAAAAUUAAAAAAACUUUUAAAUAACUUUCAAAUUAAUUUAAAAAAUCAAAUCCAAUUUACCCUUCAAGAAAAUAAUAAUCAAUUUCAUCAAAUCAAUAAACUUCAUCAAGAUGAGAUUGAAGUCAUUCAAAGCGCGCUUGGAUCAGAUCGCAUCAAAGAAGUCUUAUCUACAAGUAAGAGUUUUCCUCAAUGA